AUGAUAGCGCUUAGGCGGUUCUUGAAAUCACCUUUGAAGGUAGAGCCAUGCUUUUUGCGAAGAAAAUUCCAUAAUAUUCAAGUCCCAUUUCAAGACGAUUUAAGUGCUGCGGAUAAUGAUGAUUUCAACUUGCUGGACUUUCAACAUUAUCAGGAGUCACCCGAUGUGAAAAAGAAGAGACUAGAGCUUAUAGAAGAAGUAGAGAACGAAAACAUUCUGGAGGAGGGCGUCAUUAAUCCACCGAAAGAAAAUCCCAAUAAGAUUUUAUCCAAUAUACUAGAAGAUUAUGUUGGGUUGAAAGAGCCAAUUGCAUUUGUAUCGAAGAUUUCGAACCCAUAUCGAAAUUUAGCAAUUGAAGAUCACAUAUUCAAUCAAAUGCCGGUUCCAAAGGAUCAAGGAUCAAACUAUAACAGGCUCAUAUUUUAUACAAACUCGCCAUGUGUUGUCAUUGGGAAGAAUCAAAAUCCAUGGAAGGAAGUGAAUGUGCCACUUUUGAAUUCACUACAUAUACCGCUAGUAAGACGUAAGUCUGGUGGAGGUACUGUUGUUCACGAUGGUGGUAACGUCAACUAUUCAUUCAUGACUACCAAGAAUAAUUUUGAUAGAUAUACUUUUGCUAAGAUAAUCAGAGAUGGAGUCAAUAAAUAUGAAGGUAGUAAGUACAGAUUGGAAGUUAAUGAAAGGGGUGACAUAACUACGGAGAAGCAACAAGACGAUAUUUGCUAUAAGAUAAGUGGAUCAGCAUAUAAAUUAGCCAAAGGCAAAUCAUAUCAUCAUGGGACAAUGUUAUUAAAUCUGAGAUUGGAUAUUUUGAAACAACUAUUGCAUAGGGACGAGGCGAAAUUGGGCAUCGUUGAUGCCAUGGCGUCUGUUGGAUCAGUUAAAUCCAAAGUGACCAAUUUCGAAAUGGAAAAUGAUAAGUUUAUUGAACUCGUGACGAAUGAAUUCCAAAGCAUAUAUGGUAAACCAAUAGAUUACGGAGAGCAGUCUGAUCCUGAUGAGUACGAUCAGAAUGAGUUAUUUGGGUUAACUGAUUUUGUUGAAGCCAAUGCUUUGAACAAGACAACCAAAGUUAUUAUAAUUGAUGACGAUACAACAUUACCCGAGUAUGUUUAUGAAACCGAAUCCCAACUAAAAGAAUGGGAUUGGAAAUUUGGAGGCACCCCGAGAUUCAGCCAUAAAUUAAUGAAUGAAAAAUUUGGGUUUGAGAUCUUAUUCAAAGUUGACAAAAGGGCAAUUGUGAGAGAAAUGGAACUUACUUUCUUACCCAAUGACCUUCGUAUUUUAUCCGAAGACAAAAUCAAGCAGAGCUUUGAAUUUUUACAAAACAUGAUUAGCAAAGGCGAGAUGAAAUACAAAGGGUCAGAGUUGGCGGGCUUUAUUACGAAUGAUAUGAUCAGUGAUUGGUUGGGUGAAUCAAUUGAUGGUACAAGUUAG